AUGCUCAAUGCAGCUAAAACCGUUCUGAACCGCGCAGCGGUGAUGAAGGACCCGACUUUGGCUCGCCAAAUGUCUUCACAGCCGCGCAAACCCGUCCUCAUCAUCGGGGCUGGGCUUGGUGGUCUGGUCCUCGCUCACGGAUUGAGACGCAGGAACAUCCCAUUCGAGCUGUAUGAACGGGAUGUCGCUGAUUCCUCUCGCGCUCAAGGAUAUCGGAUCACUUUGCAGGGCAAAGGGCCCACUGCACUUGAGACGUGUCUUCCUGACUCGACGAUGCAGAGCGUGCUUCAGCGCAGCGGUCAACCCUUCAAGGCUAUGCCUGAUGGUGCGAUCGUCGAUGCUCUAUCUGGCGAGAAGGUGGGCUCAAUGUUCGAAAUCAAGGUGCCUGGAGGUGGACAGCUCGGUAAGGGCAAGGGCGGACCUGGAUCCGGUCCAGGAGGUGGAAAGAUUGGUCCUACCUCGUUUCAAGCGAAUGACACCUCUCAAAACGAUGCUGGAACCAGCUCGAGACUUCCAAUGAGGUAUCACUUCCAAGUCGACAGACGAGAGCUUCGAAACGAUUUACUCAAGGAUUUGCCGUCACCGCAUUAUGCCAAAGCUUUUGAACGAUACACCGCAACGGCUGAUGGAGUCAUUGCCCACUUCUCAGAUGGUUCCAGCUCCACGGAAGGGUCUUUGCUGGUUGGAGCAAACGGCGUUCACUCACGUGUAGCUCGUCAAUUGAUAGGCGAGGCGAGCAUUCCUCUCGAUACUGGCGUCCGCUUAGUGUACGGCAAGACGCCAUUGACCUCGGAUCUCCUUGAACAGCUGUCUGACAACAUCCGGCAAGGCCCAAAACUCAUCAAGGACGCCCGCGAUCCGCAUCAUCAGGUCUUUCUCCUCAAGGACAACAUGGAGUUUUCUCAUCAAGAAUCCCCGAAUCCCUACGUAUUUUGGUCCUUGAUAGGGGACAACGUGUCUUUCAAUGUCCCGGAUGACAAGUUAUUUGCCAUGUCCCCAGAAGAAGUCUCUGAAUUGACGCUGAAGAUCAGCAGUGAAUGGAAAGAUAGCCUCCGAGUCAUCCUCAAGGAGCAAUCAACGAGCGAGACCGCCGUCAUGCGCAUGACUACCUCUGAUCCUAUGAGGCUUCCGAAUUGGAGUACGGACCGACACGUCACAUUGCUUGGAGAUGCACUGCACUGCAUGCCUCCGACGGGUGGGCAGGGUGCCAACAGUGCCAUGGGGGAUGGCAUGGAUUUGGCCGAGAGGCUGUCGUCAGGAGAACGGGAUGGAGAAGGAUGGACCGAGGAGGUCAUACGGGCAUACGAACAGGAGAUGAAGGCUACCGUGGGGCCAAUGGUCAAGAUUGGCUACGCGAGAGCUGUGGCUUGGUUCGGGAUGAAGCCAAUGGAGGGGUUUCGUACAGAAUAG